AUGCCGACCCAUACGUCGAAGGGGACAUACCAAGGCCAAGCGUCACCUGCCGACACAAUCAAGGAGAAAGGGCGACAUGCUGAAGACAAGGGGUCGGAGUAUUACGAGUCUUCCAAGGACAAGGCGUCUGACGCUCGUGAGAAAAUGAAAGAGAAGAGCGAGCAAGCGCAGGACAAGGGGUCGCAGUACUAUCAGUCUGCCAAGGACAAGGCGGCUGAUGCGCGUGAGAAGAUGAAGGAGAAGGGCGAGCAAGCGCAGGACAAGGGGUCGCAGUACUAUCAGUCUGCCAAGGACAAGGCGGCUGAUGCGCGUGAGAAGAUGAAGGAGAAGGGCGAGCAAGCGCAGGACAAGGGGUCGGAGUAUUAUCAGUCUGCGAAGGAGAAAGCAACUGAUGCUCGUGACACGAUGAAAGACAAGCUCCAUCAGGCGAAAGAAACUUUAAAGGAAAAGGCUGCGGACGUUCAAGAAUCGCUCAAGGAGUCUGGGGACGCUGCUAAGGAAACGGGCAAGGAAUAUCGCGAGGACGAUCGCACCCAGUCAACCCAAGUCUCGAAGGACAAGGAGACAGCUCAGCGUGGAAGCUAUGCUUAA